UAUUAUGUGUGCAUGGUGGUGUGGGUACUCUCUCAUAGUCAUAAUAUGCUCGUCGGCUAGGCUCAUAACCAUGUCAACCUACCUCUACAUUUUUUUUUGGUGCCACGAAAGUGAACCAAAAGUACUCCUAAAUUGAUGUAAUCUGGUUAUAAGAAAAUGUCAAAUAUUGCAGAGAAAUCUGAUCGAAAAUCGGCAAAUAGUAAAAUUUUGCUGGCAUUCGUUCCCCAAUUUUUGCAAAUGCAAUGCGGUUCAACACCAACAACUAACGUUGUCGGCGUUAGGCCUACCACCACCAGUGUUGCGGUAGAGAAAUGUUCGAAACGUGCAACGAAACGAAGAAGGAGUGGCCGAAUCGGAAAGAAACAGCUCUUCGCUUCUUGCUGUAUGUCACCUACACCAUUCGUAACGAAGGGUAACCUGCUGGGAAACUUGAAGGACCAAACAGGGGGUGAAAGACGUCUUUGGAAGCGGGAGAGAAGUAGUAUGUGGUGGGACGUUGUAGUCAAAGAUCACUGGACAGAUAACGACUGGAUUGAAAACUUCAGAAUGUCAAAAGCCACAUUUAUGUUCAUCUGUGAGAAGAUGCGAGAUAAAAUAACAUACCAUAACACCAACAUGCGGAGAGCACUACCAGUAGAGCAAAGGAUGGCUAUAACGAUAUGGAGGCUUGCCACUAACUGUGGUUACCGUAUCAUAAGUGACCUUUUUGGUGUUGGACGAUCCACUGUGUGUAUGAUCAUUCAGCAGACAUGCAAGGCUUUUGCCUCGUCCAUGCAGAAGGAGUUUAUGGAAGUCUUUACGCCAGGAAAAGUUCAGGUGACCAUUGACAGUUUUAUGAACACAUUUGGAUUCCCACAAAUAGGUGGUUGCAUUGGUACUUGUCAAAUCCCAAUCAAGCUCCCAGAAUCAAAUUAUCCCCUGGAGUGCAUCAGUGCCAAAGGAAACCCAUCAAUAUUUCUUCAGGGAAUAGUUGAUGAAAAGGGGCAGUUCCUGGACAUGACUGCUGGGCAGUAUGGGUCAACCUCAGAUGUACAAGUAUUCUCCCAAUCUCACUUGUAUGAAGCUGCAAUCAAAGGAACCUUGUUCCCAAAUUCUGCUAUAGACAUUGAAGGUGUGAGUGUGCCUGCACAACUUCUAGCCGGUCCAGGCUUCCCGUUAUUGCCGAAUGUCACUAAAGCUUAUGACACAUCAGAGGGUGAACUUACCAACCAACAACAUCUUUUUAAUCAACAGGUGGCUGACGUUAGGAGAGUAAUGGACAAGGCAUUUUCACGUCUAAAAGGUCGAUGGCAAAUCCUGACGAAAAGAAAUGAACACAAAAUUGCACUGAUACCUUCCAUAGCUACUGCAUGCAGCAUUUUGCACAACAUUUGUGAACAACGUGAUGAGGUAUUCAAUAUAGAUCUUCUGGACGGACAAGAGGGCAUUGAAAUUCCAGCUGUACCAACAAUCAAACAAGAAGAUUUUGUUGCUCAAAACAUUCGGCAAGCUCUUACCUUGAACAUUUACAAAAAACUUGGUCCUUUCUAAUGGUAAGUCCUCUUACUCCUACGUAAAGUACUGUAUUUUUUAAACUGUUUGCAAAGAGAAUUUAUACUGACUUGAUGUUCCGUGUAAUUUUUUUGCCACGGAAGAUAUUUUUUUAGCCCAGGCAUAAUUAUGUGGUUUUUUUUCUCUGGAAGUAUGUUCUUUGUGGAAAAAUUUGUGCGUCAGGAAUAUAUCAAAUAGGUUAAAGUAAUUAUCCAGAUCUUUUUGUGGCUCAAAAAAGUGUUAAAAUUACAUUACUUUGAGAACUGACACACCAACAGUUGGGGUGCUUAACUGAAUUACAGACUGUUUUAUUCAUUUACAGACUGUUUUAUCCAUCCAUAGCUACAUUAAUGUGUACUAAUGACUUUCAAAACCAGUCUGAGAUCAAACUGGUAACCUUUGUGCCAGCCAGAGAUAAUAAUGUAUGGUCAUUGGGCUAGUUACAUAUAUAGCUUGAGGUAAAGAGAAUCGUUGUUUUAACAACACAUACAUUGUAAAAGUGGUUUGCUAAAACAGAACCCAUUCAUACUGUACAAUGUACCUCUGGUAACAACUGUGUGGAAUUGUAGACUCGCCAGACACACAAAGAUUUGUAAACUGGCUAAAUUAAGAAUUUUCAAUUGUUGUUCUCAUUGUUUGGACUUCAAUAAAAAAGUAAACUGAAACAUUUGAUUUAUUGAAUCCUUUGAUCCUCUUCUAACCCCAUAUGUCCUCUGCGGCCACUUCAGUUUUAUCAGGUACUUUGAAAAAUAUUUUCUUAAAAGCAACCCCCAUUUUCAUUUUAAAUUGUUUUGCUGGCUUUUCUGCCCGGCAAUGGACCCUUUCAUGAAAAAUGCUAAUUACAUUGAUGCACGUGUACAGAACCUACAUGUAUUGGUUGUGCACUAAGCAGACGCACUCACGUCUGGGUCACACACCCAUUAGCCGUGUACAAAACAGCGCGAUGUUUCCUCAUUUUGCCAACCAAAUUGUAAGUGCGCACGCUACAUGUGCAAAUUACAUAUUUCAUGGGAAGGGUCCAUUUUCCAAGUGUGCAUUAGAAAAUGACUAAGUUUUCAUAGUGUCUGAGACCCUACAUUAUUUAAACUUGAUAAAUACCUUGUUAUUCCCUAAUCAAGAUGAAAUGCUUCAUCACAAACAUGGCCAAUCUAGUUUUAAAGACUUCCUCAACACACCAAAAUUUCAAUGCUAACUCGAUUAUACCCUAAACACAAAAACAUGUAUUCAAUUAGUUAAGAAACGAAACAAUGCUUAAUGUCCUGAAUGUUACUGUUAGGAGUGAUGCACACACCUCAACACCAAAGCAAACAUCUGAUGACAAAUGUUUUCUAAGCUAUUUUCACCAUUAAACUUUUAUCAGAGAGCAAAAUGUAGUCAUAUUGCUUUACAUAAAUUCAACUUGUAACAUCAGUUUGAGGAACCAUGGGCUGACCUUAUUUUGAAAACAUCUUUUGGGCAC